AUGGCACUAGCGGCAAAUAAAAACUGGGUCCACCAAGCAUCUCUGCUCUGGGAUGACUACACCUCGCAUCGCUACUUUGGUGGUACCCAAGUCAUCCAGCAGCAUAAGCGUCUAUGGAAAGUUCCUUUGCCCCUCUACAGCGUAAAAGUAAAUACCGCCCAAAGCAGAGCUCUUCAGAAGCUCAGAAACUUCACCUGGCGCAGCACGGGAUGGGCGAGCUGGGAAGGAGCGCCCGGGGAGGUCGAUGAUGGGGCUGCUGCCGGAUCGGACUAG